AUGGCAUCCGAUGCUCAUGCUCCCGCUCCCGCUGCUGCCCACGCCCCUACCCAGGACGGCAUGAUUGACCAGAAGGACGUGCAAGACUGGGUGAAGCGCUUCAAUGAGGGCCUUGCCGACUCAUCCGUCAUUACUGCUCCAUCUGCGCCAGAUGCUCGACCAUGGCACACAUCCUUCUUCAGCUGCUUUGCUCCGAUUGACACGUGUAGCACAGGCCUGAUUACUUGCUGCGUGCCAUGCGUGACCUUCGGCAAGACACACCACCGAAGCCGAAAGCAUGGAAACAUGGAUGGCUACAACUUCAUCAACGCCUCGUGCCUCAUGUUCACCGGGUUCUCCUGCUUCGGUCUACAUUUCAUCCCGAUGAUGUUCCAGCGCGCCGAUAUCCGCAAGAAAUACAACCUUCAGGGAGACUGCGUGACGGAUCUGUUCACAUCAUGCUGCUGCGCAUGUUGCUCCCUCGUUCAACAGGACAAAGAAGCCGAGCAUCGCGAGCAAGAGUUGGCCCAGAAGCUCAAUGGUGCGGGAUAUGUCAAGCCCCAAGAUAUGGCCUAUCCUGCGUAG